AUGAAGUACUCGUUCGUCCUCCUCGCCGCCGCAGGCCUCGCUGCCGCCCAGCAGAAGUUCACCGACGUGGUCCCGGAGUGUUCCAAGGAGUGCCUCGUCGAGGCCGUCAAGAACGGAACACCAUGCACCAGCAUCGACGACUCCAAGUGCAUCUGCGAGGCGACCAACUACCGAAACAUCUACACCGUCGGAGUUUCCUGCGUCUUGGCCGCUUGCGGUGGCGAUGUUGCCACCGGUCAACUCCUCCCCGCCGCCGCCAAGUUCUGCCGCGAAGUCACAGGCGGCGCCUCCGCCCCUCCCGUUGGUUCUUCCUCGGCAGCCGUCUCUUCCGCCGUCUCCUCAGCGAUUGCCUCCGCCUCUGGAGCCGCCACGAGCGCGACCGGUAGCCUCUCCGUUACAGUUACCCCGACUGGAUCCGCUGCUACCGCUGCUACCGUCGCAAGCACCACCACACCGGCCGCUGCCGCUGCUAGUGCCGGCUCCAUGGGAGUCAUGGGCAUUCUUGCUCUUGGUGCUCUCGCUGCUUUGUAG